AUGCUUACGUGCGUGUUUGUGGCAAGAGUUUCUGAGGACGGCAACAGGGCUGACCCCCCCUCCUCUCCCGCCCCCAGGGGAGAAGGUUCUGCCGCCAUGGCGGAGUCGGAGGACAUCCUAGAGCUCCAGCGGGAGGUGAUGGAGGAGAUGGGCAUCUCCCUGGAGGACCUCAAGCAGCUGAUCGAGGAGGAGAUGGAGAAAUCGGAGUACAUCAAGCAGCGGAAGGAGGAGCUGGGGCGCCUGGAGGAGUCCGUGAAGCAGAAGGAGGCGGAAGUGGCUCACGUCGACCAGCUGCUUGAAAACGCCGUCAAGGCGGUGGAUGAAUGCGAAGUUUUGGUCAAAGACGUCUACGUCAACCUGGGGCUGGAAUACCGAGAGACGGACUCGGAUUUGGAGAACGGUUUCAGCAAACCCAUGGAAGUGAUCGAAAUUCCCGACGAGGAUGAUGACGACGUCAUGAGUGUUGACUCAGCAGAUCCGAAUAACAAAAUUGCAAAGGACCAGACCCUGCUCCGAGAAGCUAUGGCCGCCAUGCGGAAAUCGGCUCAAGACGUCCAAAAAUUCAUGGACGCCGUUAACAAGAAGACGGGCAGCUUGGAUUCCCACAGGGGUGUGUGCUGUACACAAUUGCCGUUCUCCGGAGCGCAACCCACGACGGGUGCCCUCCCGUCCUUCCACAGCAUGAUGGAGCGGGCCCCCAACGAGACCUCCUACCGGGCCCCCGUGGAGAAGCUCUUCUACCUGCCUCACGUCUGCAGCUUCAAGUGCCUGAGCCGGGUGCGGCCCCUCCGUCCCGACCUGCACCGCAGCCGCAACCCGCUCCUCAUCCCGCUGCUCUACGACUUCCGCCGCAUGACGGCCCGCCGGCGGAUCAACCGGAAGACGGGCUUCCACGUCAUCUACAAGACGCCCUGCGGCCUCUGCCUGCGUAGCAUGAACGAGAUCGAGCGCUACCUCUUUGAGACGGACUGCGACUUCCUCUUCCUGGAGAUGUUCUGCCUGGACCCCUACGUGCUGGUGGACCGCAAGUUCCAGCCCUACAAGCCCUUCUACUACAUCGCGGACAUCACCAAGGGCCAGGAGGACGUUCCCCUCUCCUGCGUCAACGAGAUCGACAGCACCCCGCCGCCCCAGGUGGCCUACAGCAAGGAGCGGAUCCCGGGGAAGGGGGUCUUCAUCAACACCGGCUGGGAGUACCUGGUGGGCUGCGAUUGCGAGGACGGGUGCAGGGACAAGUCAAAAUGCGCCUGUCAUCAGCUGACGGUCCAGGCCACGGCCUGUACUCCCGGCGGGCAGAUCAACUACAAUUCCGGCUACCAACACAAGCGGCUGGAGGAGUGUCUCCCCACGGGAGUGUACGAGUGCAACAAGUGUUGCAAGUGUAAUUUGAACAUGUGCACGAACCGCCUGGUCCAGCACGGCCUGCAAGUCCGGCUCCAGCUCUUCAAGACCCAGAACAAAGGUUGGGGCAUCCGUUGCCUGGACGACAUCGCCAAGGGCUCCUUCGUCUGCAUCUACGCGGGGAAGAUCCUGACGGACGACUUUGCCGACAAGGAGGGCCUGGAGAUGGGGGACGAGUACUUUGCCAACCUGGACCACAUCGAGAGCGUGGAGAACUCGAAGGAGGGCUACGAGAGCGAGGCCAAGUACUCCUCGGACAGCAGCGGCGUCAACCUGAAGGACGAGGACGACGACAACUCUGGCACGGAGGAGGCCGAGGAGUCGAACGAGGAGAGCUCGGACGACAAUUUCUGCAAAGACGAGGAUUUCAGCACCAGCUCGGUCUGGCGCAGCUACGCCACUCGCCGCCAGACGCGGGGCCAGCGGGAGAACGGCCUGUCCGAGACGGCCUCCAAGGACUCCGGCCCGGCCAGGCAGGCCAGCCACGAGGAGGCCCCCGCUCCCUGCAAGCCCCCUGUCUCGGAGGAGACCUCCAAGAAUAAGGUGGCCUCCUGGCUGAGCUCCAACACCGUGGCCGACGGAUACCCGGACAGCGACAGCCGCUCGUCCUUUCGGAUGCAGGAGGCGGCGGCCGAGGGGAAGCCCCCCGUGAAGGCGGAACCCGGGGAGGGUGAGAAGAGUCGGGGGGCCAGCCUCCCCCUCACCAAGGACGAGCCCAGCCCGGAGGGGGGAGAGGUGAAGGUGGUGAAGAAGAAAGAGGAACCGGACGAUCCAGGCAAAGCAGCGCCCAGCCAGCCCACCAGGGUUUACGGCUACAACCCAAACCCGCCCAUCCCGGAAGGCGCCCGGCGGCCCCCCAGCAAGACGACCUCCCAUCAGAGUCGGAGACAAUCGGAAGGCCAGAAUCCGGACCAGGACGUCCUGAUGCUCUCCAGCAGCACCGACAGCGACGGAGACAACGUCCGGCCGGCCGCAGAGCCCAUCCAGGUCAACCACACCAACGACAGCGACGACAUCCAGACCAUCUCGUCCGGCUCGGAGGAAGAAACGGGCGCCGACCAGAAGAAGAACACCCCUUCCAGGCUGGGAGCUGUGAAGAGGCAGGUGGCCGUGAAAUCCACCCGGGGAUUCGCCUUGAAGUCCACGCACGGCAUCGCCAUCAAGUCGACCAACCUGGCUUCGGGGGAGAACGUGGCCGUCCGGAGGAACACGCGCCAGUUUUACGACGGGGAAGAGUCCUGCUAUAUCAUCGACGCUAAGCUGGAGGGGAACCUGGGACGCUACCUCAACCAUAGCUGCAGCCCCAACCUCUUCGUCCAGAAUGUCUUCGUCGACACGCACGACCUCCGCUUUCCCUGGGUGGCCUUCUUCGCCAGCAAGUAA